GUCCUCUUCAUUGCAAUGAUACAAACUCUGAAGCGUAUCGGUCAAAUCUCUUUAUUAAGUGAGGCGGAGGGAGCCAGGGAGAGACUUCUCAAAUCAAGAGGAGCACUGAGACAAGAUAUUAGGGUCAAGGAAAACUCGCUGAGAAUUGACCGUGGGAAGUGCAUGGGGACAAGACUUAGGUUUCCUUACAACCAUAGAUGCAGUAGGAAGUGUAUGUACAAAUGGUGUCAGAGUAUUGCCAACUACAUCAUGUUGAAGACAGCUGAUGGACUUCAUCUAGCUGACACAGACCUUAGACAAUACAACGGGGGACACUGUGCUUAGAUAAUCGACGACAAUGUUAUUCUGAUCAAUCAUUUGUCAUAUAUGUAUUCAUAUUCAUAUAUUUAUUCAACUACAAAGCAUGAGAUAUUACAAUUAAGCAAUCACAAUUUACUAUGCAGUUUGGACCCGCCUAACCAGGGUUGGUUGUUUUGAGUGGAUAUGUAUGAUUAGUUCCAAGUCAACGAUCUAUGUACAUUGUACUUUGUACACUAAUUGUGAAUCUUAAGGUUUAAAGUCACAUUAUAGCCAUAAACUACCAAUGUACUGCACAAUUAACACUGUACAUUAUACGUACUCAGUAAACUGUACACAAUACACUGUAAACUGGACUCAUGUACACACACUGUAAACUGGAAGCAAUACGCAAUACAUUUUAAAAUUGGACAAAGUACAAUGUAAUUUGGACACAGUACACUUUAUACUGGACACAGUACACAACACACUGGAAACUGGACACAGUUCACCGUACACUGUGCCCUGUACACUGUAAACUGGACACAGAACACGGUACACUUAUAUUUGGACUCAGUACACAGUACACAAUACACUGUAAACUAGACACAGUUAACGGUACACUGUGCAGAGCACUAUACACUGUAAACUGGACACAGUACGCAAUACACUAACUGAACACAGUACACUGAGGCGGAAAAUUAAAAGAGUAUCGUUGAAUGACGAUACUCUGUUAUUAGUAUGCAUGCACUUAACACACUGUACAAUCUGCACAGUACACAGUACACUAUACUCUCAAUACAGUACACUUUCCACUUAAAAUUUGUUUUUUUGACUUGCACUUAGCGCACAUUGUAAUUAUUAACUUUUAAUUGAAUAAACAUUAUGUUCCAGUUA